AGAGUCACAUAGGAGGACGGGCAGGAAGCGGCGUGGGCAGCCUCCUUGUGUCACCGCCUGCGUCAGACCAGACGCCAGGAGGGAGUUUUCCACUGACGAAAAAGGCUGCGCUUCUCGGCAGUCUGCUACAGACAAGGGAAGCGCUUCAGCUGGUACGGAGCCCCGUGCGGCGGACAGACACAGACAAUAGCACCCGAGGAAGGAGCUGUCUAUAUGCGGGGAUAAAAGCGCUGUAUUUUAAUUUGUGCCAUUUGGAUUACUUACACUGUUUAUCCCAUCGGCUGUUAUACCCGACGCUUAUUGUGUCCCUAAUGGUGAUCGGAUACUGGAUUUGGUGAUUGUUCGCACUAACGCCAUGAGUGGGCUUCUCAAGAGGAAGUUUGAGGAGGUGGAUGAGGACCCAUGCUACUCCUCACCCUCCUCCCUCUCCUCUGCCUGCUCAGGCUGGGACUCGGAGGGGGAGAGCUGCUACUCGGACACCCUGGAUUCCACUCCCAGCAACCCCAGCUCCCCAGCAACAAAUUUCAACACAACAUCCAUCCUGAAGAAAUCCAAGCGAGCACGGCGGGGCAAUGUGACGUUUGACCAGGUGACAGUGUUCUUCUUCCCUCGGUGCCAGGGAUUCACCAGUGUUCCCAGUCGAGGAGGAUGUACUCUGGGUAUGAUGCAGCGCCACAGCGUCCUCCGCACGUAUACGCUUGCUGAGUUUGCUGUGGAGCAGCGGCUCCUACGCCGGGAAAAAUUCCUCAACAGACUCAGGGAGGAGAAGCUAGAGGCUCUCAAAUUAAAGCUGACUAAAAACGGAACUCAAGAGAGCGAGGAGGCGGAGCAGCUAACGGUGGACGACAUCCCCGAGCAGGACAUCGACAUCAGUGGAACCAACUUGGAGGAGGGCUCUUUCCUCCAGCCUUACCCGCCUAAACGUCGCUACACGCUGCUCAAAGCAGCCGGCGUGAAGAAGAUCGACAAGGAGGAGAAGAGGCAGCUGCAUGAGCUGAGGAUCUCCAGGGAGAACUGCGGUUGCGACUGCCAGGGUUUCUGUGAGCCUGAGACGUGUAGCUGCAGCCUCGCCGGCAUCAAAUGUCAGAUGGAUCAUUCCUCUUUCCCAUGUGGCUGCACUAAGGACGGCUGUGGAAACACAGAGGGUCGCAUUGAGUUUAACUCCACCAGGGUACAGACGCAUUACAUCCACACUAUCAUGAAGCUGGAGCUGGAAAAGAGGCUGGAGGAGCAGUCGAGCACAGAGGAGGAGGAAGAGGAGAACACAACAGGGGCCAACACCUUACCAGCAGUGCCCUCCUUCCCCUUCAGCUCAGAACUGGUGGCAACUGGAGAGAACAGUUGCAGCAGCGAUAUGACGGACUCCGACUCUUCAGGUCAGAGCGAGGACUCCGAAGCAGGCGAGAGUCCAUGCGAGCAUCACACCCAGCUGGAUGUCGACGAGAAAGGCCUGAGCCGCAUUCUCAGUUUCACCGACACAGAGAAUUGCUCAAGAAGUAGCCGGGACGGUGGGGACCGCAAAGACAUGUGCUGCCAUGAUCAGCGGCAAGAACAACAGCAGCAGCAGCAGCCGUCUACGGAGGCUUUUAGUAGCUUUAGCAUGGUGGACUUCGCUGACGAGAAUGACAAUAUAGACGCUGCACUGUUGGAUGAUCACACAGACAAUCGAGCAACAGCCAUUUCAGAACUUUUGGACGAGAACGCCAACCAGGGAAACGCCCUAUUCCAUAGCAGUAGUGUGCCACGUACGCCAUCCCCUUCUGUCGAUCACUCUGCAAGCUAUAACAUGGACCUGAGCCUCUCCUCGGAGUCAGACCUGGAGUUUUUUGACGGGUUCCCCUGCUUGGGGCCCAGCUCGCUCUACAACUCCCUCAAGGAGUACGAACACAUGGACAACUUUUUUCAGUUUCAGUUGCCUAGUUACCCAAGCCUCCCUCCGGCAAGUGACCCAGGGACCUGCCUCCUGGAGUCACUGAUUGGCCUUUCAGAAUCCGUCCCAGAACCCCCUGCCACAUUUACAGACAAUCAGCUGUUGGAGGAAGCCAUGAAAUUGUCUGUGAUGGAGUCUGUGAAAGUUUGACAAAACAUGAAAAAAUGCGUGGACAGUGCAAGGAAAAAAAGAGGGGUUUUGGAGGGGACCGAACAUGCACAUAAGAAGUCAAUGUCAGCGUGAUUUUUUUGGGAGGAAGCUGUGAUUUCCCUCUUGCCUAAUAAAUGUUCAAAUUCCAGACUUGCCUUCAAAACGUUAGCAAAGCAGUUUGGGAUUAUUGCUGUGUGAGAUGGCAGCUAGUGUUAAAAGUGAAAAGAUACAAAAUAGAGAUCAAUUUGACCAGGCCCAUAGAAACCAAUGAUGGCUCUCAAUUCCUAAGAAAGCUCUUUUAACCAAACUAAGAUCACCAACCAUAUGCUAAACAGGAAUCAACCUUAACCGGGGCAAGGUUGGGAAUCUCAACACAGCUGAAUGUGCACCUCAGGGAUUUUUUCUAGCUUUCUAGCUUUUGGAGGCAAUGUAUGGUGACCAGUGCUGUGAUGGCCUUCAUAUGAAACCCGAGUUAAAUCACAACAUAGUCCUGUUCAUGUCCUCCCUUUGGGCUCAUGCCCAGAUGACUUGAGUAGGUAGGGUCCUUCCUGUGUUGAAUCCUGAAGCUAGUGGACUCUUUCUCCUCAAGAUCUCUCCCAAGGGUCUUAUAUGGUACAAAAAAAUCCCUCUAAAAGCUCCUCGAUCAGCACUUUAUCUGUGAAAAUAGUUAUGUAUGAAUAGGCAUUGUUUUGGUUGUAUGGGGUCGAUUCAACAGUUCAACGCUAAAUUAUGGAGUUCCUUAUUUAUGAGCCGGGUAACUAGAAAUAAUGCUCAUACCAUUAAAAGCUGUAGCUGUAUUGUCUUUUAUUACUCUUGUUUUAAAUUAUUUCCUUUUAUGAUUUUAUUUUAUUUAUUUCAGAUAAAGCCUACUUUCACUCAAGAAGCACUGUGGUUUGAUAUUUUCACCUGAAAGUGCAAUCUUCCUUCCUUUUUUCCAUAUCACAUUUUAGUUAUGGGAAACGGGACCACAAGUCCAUCAGAAAGUAUUUAAUAUCUAUUCUCUUAUACAUUUAACAUUUUGUUUUGGUAACUUAUUAUGUCAUCAUUUCAUUAGUUAUUUAAUUUAAGACAUUUUGGCAAUAAAAUGGGGUGUUGUGAAGUUUACUGGAUGUGCCUGCUUAUCAGGGGAGCCAUGCCUGCCGAUGGCGUGUGCACAGUGCUUCCAUUUAAGCUUUGGGACUGAAAACUGUGGAAUCUCCCUAAUCACUGAAACUAAAUUAUGGGUCUAUUGUAUCGCUGCCUAUAAUGUAACCAUAGAAAAAUUACACUAAUAUUUUGUAACUAAUUUAUGUAGGUUGACAAAAGAAUUCUAAUCACUGACAAAUUGAAUAUUUUAUUAAGAAAGCGAAAUGAGUAAUUUUCAAUCUGGGACAACCUUUGUAAUAUAUGAAUUAUAGAGAAAUGUAUACUUAUGAAGGUUAUCGCUCUCUAGCAUUCUGAAGUAUUUUUCAUAGGCAGUCUUAUGGUUUGAUAGCGAAAUGCCACUAAAAAAAAAAGUAAAUUGCAAAGAUCAAUUUGAUUGUAUUCUGAAUUUUCUGGAAGUCUGUGACUUGGGUUACAAUAUGUUAUAAAUUACACAUGUAAAAGGGUUUUUGUGGAUAAAAACUGCAUAUAUUAUACAAUUUUUAUCGCACACACUAACCCUGAAAAUUGAAGAGUUGCCUCAUUAAUUAUAGAACAAGACCUUUCAAAGGUGAUUCUGCUGUCACUUGUGUGAACAGUUGAGGACACUAGAGAGCUGAUGUACAUAUCUCACCCUUUCUACAGCUGUUUCAACAGCCUUUCUGGACCCUUUAGAAAUUAUGCAUGCAGGUCCUGUUUGUUAAAACUUGUUCUGAUUAAUUGUAUACUUUGAAAAGUGCUGUGUGCACAUUGGAAAUGUAUUAUUCGCUUUUUGCCUUUUUGAUUACUUUGAAAUCCAUCCAAUAUUUGUUCUUAUGCCAUGAAGAGGGCACUGAUUUUUGCAAGCAAACAUCGUUUCUCUUGUAUAAAACAUCAAUUCUCAUGAAGAAAUGGCAACAGUGAGUGUUUAUCAAUGUAAUGUAUUACAGUACAGCUUUUUUAAUUUUAUUUUCAAAGAACGUGUCUUACUUUUUGCCUUUUGUGUUGUACAUAUUUCUGCUUGAAUGGUCCUGCAGAGCAAACAAAGCUGCUUUAUUUUUUACAUAUUCACACUUUAACCUGCUGUUCAAAAACAGUUUCUUUCAUCUAAGCCAUUUUGACAGCCUGUCCCUCCAAAUAAUAAUAAAAAAAACAUUUUCUAAA